AUGUACCGGAGGCGCAAGGAGAAGCUCAUCGAGAAGUACAUGGACAGCGCUUCUAGCGUCUCCGUCGCCGCCGGCUCGCGGGGCACCGGGGCCCCAGCAAACGGUGCGGUCCUCGACCCUGGACUUCGCGCGCCCGGGGAGCAAGACAAGCGCGCCAGCGAGCCCGGGCCGUUCGUGUGCCCGAUCUGCGUCGACGACGAGCGGACGGAGACGUUCGCGCUCGUGUGCGCCCACCGAUUCUGCACGGGGUCCGAGUUGGAGCAGGCGGCGAACAUCGAGCUCACCAGCUCUGACGUGUACAAGCCGUAUCGCCGCGACGGAGGUCCCGAGGCGGUGACGAGGCUCUCCGCGACGCUCGACGUCCUCCUCGGCAAGACCGAGCACCAGGCUCGCCGGCGACGUGCGCGCGUGCUGUGCCCCUCCCGCCCUCGCCCCUUCCCUGGCGCUCCCCGAGCCUCCUCGUGCGCCGACGCCCCCCGAUCUCCUGUGCAGGAGACCACGCUCGCGGACCUCUUCCACCUCCCGUACGGCGCGGUGCUCAAGCGGCGGGGCAUCGACCUCCUCGAGAGCGGCAAAGCACCCGAACGUGACGCGCUGGUGGGCGGACGGAGUCAGCUCGCGCCAAUCGUGGAAGAAGGUCAUGAGGGGCCACUGAGCACGGCGUUCGCGAGGAAAAAGCCCCUAGCCUCCUGA